GGAGAGGGGAGAGGGGUUGAAAAGCCAUGAUCUAUUCGAUUAAAUAGAUCAUUGUAAACAGAAAGCAACAAGAUUAUGUAACUAAAAACAAAAAGCUAAAAAACAAUCCUCCCUCUCCUAAGUCACUUCAACUACAAGACGUUUGAUUCAGCAUUUAAGGAUAUAGCCUAUACAAAAUCAGCAAAUGAUGAGCGACGACUCUCCAAGUCAGCGCGAGGAAAAAAGGAUCGGCUCUCUCCGGUUUACGCAUGGAUUUAACAGCGCCCGGUAGAGGUUAAUCGGUAAAUUAUAGUUUUUUUAAGUUUGAGAGUUUCGGAAGUUAUUGGUGAUUGCAGUGAGAAGUGAUGAGCGGAGGUCGCUUUGAGUUUGAUGAUGGCGGAGCUUAUUGUGGAGGCUGGGAGGGAGGAAAAGCGCACGGACACGGGAUCUGCACCGGACCCAAAGGACAAGGAGAGUUCUCCGGCUCUUGGAAUUACGGGUUCGAGGUGGUCGGAGUCUACACAUGGCCGAGUGGAAACACGUAUGAGGGCUAUUGGUCCCAGGGGAAGCGUCACGGUUUAGGUGUGGAGACCAAGGGUCACUGGAUCUACAAGGGAGAGUGGACGCACGGCUUCAAAGGCAGAUACGGGACGCGCAUCAGUCAGGGAAGUGGCGCCAAGUACGAGGGCACUUGGAAUAACGGACUGCAAGAUGGUUACGGCACCGAGACCUACGCUGAUGGCGGUACCUUCCAGGGCCAGUUCACAGGUGGCAUGCGGCACGGCUAUGGAGUACGUCAAAGCGUUCCCUAUGGUAUGGCAGCAGUGGUGCAUUCUCCCCUGCGCAACUCUCUUAGCUCCCUACGUAGUGAACACAGCAAUGGCACACUCCUCCAGCAGGACGUCCCGGUCAUCACCACCACCAAUGCCUCAGGCCAGGAGACUCCAGUCAAUUUACCCAUGCCUCUGGGGCCAUCCCGUGGUGGCUUUGCCCUCACCCUGCAAGUGGACCCAGAUGCGGUCAAGCCCAAGAAAAGUGGUCUCUUCCGCCGCGGCUCAUUUCUUGGCAAGCUAAAAAAGUCUGAUUCCCGCACGUCUCUCUCCAGCCAGAAGAGCAAGAUCAGCUUUUUGCGGACUGAGUCAGCAUUGAGUUCUGCUGCCAGUGAUGCAAACUCCACCAUCAGCCUGGGCGAGAGCGAGGGUGAAGGCGAAGGUCAUAACUUUCCCCCCGUAGAGGCAGACAUUGAUGCCACCACCACUGAGGUCUACAUGGGAGAGUGGAAAAAUGACAAGCGUUCAGGGUACGGGAUCAGCGAACGCUCUAGUGGGCUUAAAUAUGAGGGUGAGUGGCUCAAUAACCAGCGCCACGGUUAUGGGUGCACCACUUUCCCAGAGGGGGGAAAAGAAGAAGGCAAGUAUGUCAACAACAUGCUCGUGAAGUCUGUGAAGAAGAAGAUGAUACAGCUGAAGGGCACAAAAAUUAAACAGAAAGUGGAGCGCAGUUUGGAAGGGGCACAGAGAGCAGCCGCUAUUGCGAAACAGAAGGCUGAAAUCGCCAACUCAAGAACGGCCCAUGCCAAAAGUAAAGGAGACGCUGCAGAACAGGCUGCUGUAGCCGCUAAUAAUGAGUCCAGUAUCGCUCGAGUGGUUGCCAGAGAGCUCUCUCCCUCUUUCCAUCAACCAGGUCCUGAGUAUAUUAAAAAGCGAGCCUUGCAGGAGGUUGCAGAGAGCAAUGAGAACAUGGAAACAGGCAUUCACGAGCCCUUGUUGGCUGAGGACUCCCUGCCAACACCUCCGGAAAGCCCAUUCAUGCAUGAGAUGGAAGGUCUGAGACCAAGCUCCACUCCUGCACGCACCCCCUCACCCACCCUAGUCAUUGUCCCUCAAGCACCAAGCAAGGAUGAUCCUCACCUCUUGAGCCCUGGGAGCUGGAAUGGAGACAAGAUCAGUAGGGGCAGUGCUAGUAAAAGCAGCAGUAGAGCAGGUAGUCGGCCAAAUAGUAGACCCAUCACUCCUGCUGCUGCUCCCACUCCAGAUGCUGCUCCAGAAGAACACUCUGCCCCAAGUAGCAAGGUCCCAUCUCGCACCCCUAGCCGCCAGAGUGCCAAAGUGGAGCAGGGUUCAGACAUGGAAAUCAAAGCUCUGCAGAAAACGGACAUAGAGUCAAAAGUGGCAGAACCUGCCCCUGUUGCUAAACCAGUAAGAACCAACCUCAUCCUUCCCAAUGAUGAAGAAGAACCACCACGUCCUGCACCCAAGCUUUCGCCCAAAGCAGCCACACCUGAGCCAAAGGCAGCAGAAGUCAAGCAUAGAGCUGACACAAGGCAGCCCAUAAAUGAGCGCCCUGCUUCUAUGACAGAAAGCAAGCCUGAGUAUAGGACAGACGUCAGGGAGGAGAAGAAAUUUAUCAACAAAGUUGAGCCUAAACCUUCACCGAAACGAGAACCAAGCCCUGCCCCAAAAGUCACACCAAAGCCUGAACCCAAGACAGUGCCUAAACCAGAACCAAAACCUGUGGUCAUGCCGGUUGCAAAACCUGUUGCCAAGGUGGAGGCCAAAACUGAAACAAGGCAGAGGUCUAUUAUGAAAGCCCCGAGUGAAAUGACACAACCAUCUAUGGAGCUAGAAGAGGGGCCAAACACGAUUAUGAUCUGCAUGGUUAUAUUCCUGAACAUCGGUUUGGCGAUUCUUUUCGUUCACAUCUUGUCUUGAGGUGACAAAAUCUAAGCCAAAACCAUCCAGGUGAAAGAAACUACCAUGGGGAGCUGUGAGGAAGCACUGCGCUCCAUUAACGGCUCUGUUGUUGCGUUAUCCAGUUUCAGAACAGCCCUCCUGAGCUACUCUGAAGAUGGUUGCCAUCUGUAAUUGGACCGAGUGCUCCCAAAUGAUCAGUGUGCCUCAGUGCCUGAACAUUACAGAAUGAAGCAUUUCUGCACAUUUGCUUUGUUUCUAAAAGGUACUGCUGCAUUUAACAGGUCUGUUAAAGUCUAUUGCAGCUGGAGCUGAAUCGUCUAUAAUAAGGGCUAAUUCACGUUGUGCACGUCACGUUCUAUAAAGCAAAACAUGUCACUUGGCAUGUAACAUUCAUCUCUGGAGAAUAAAUAAGUAGUUGUGAUGGUAAAAAAAA